CCUCUCGGAGCACAGGAAGAAGAAGUGGAACUCUCACGCUGUAUGCUGCUGGAGGUGCUGGCUGGCUAAACCAUCGCUCGGUUGUACAUCAUGGCUGCUUCAAAGCCAGUCGAGCCGCAGUCGGGGACUGGACUACCCCGCUGGCAGCUGGCACUGUUAAUCGGGACUCCCAUAGUGCUGGGGGUGGGGGCGGUGUACCUGUGGAACCGCAGCAGGACGAAGGAACGGAAAGGCACCGGGGAGCGGAAAACUCCAGAAGGCAGCGCCAGCCCCGUGCAGGGCCAAGACGGAGCAGCUCGCGCCAGCCGAGAGCAGGAGAACAUGAGCCCUUUGGAUCGGGCCCAAGCAGCAAAAAACAAAGGCAACAAGUACUUCAAGGCUGGCAAGUAUGAAAACGCCAUCCAGUGCUACACAGAAGCCAUUGCUCUCUGCCCGACAGAACAGAAGGCUGAUUUGUCCACAUUUUACCAGAACAGAGCAGCAGCAUACGAACAGCAGAUGAAAUGGACAGAAGUUGUACAGGAUUGCUCUCAAGCUGUGGAGAUGAAUCCACGUUAUGUCAAGGCUCUGUUCAGGAGGGCCAAAGCUCUGGAAAAACUAGACAACAAGAAGGAGUGCCUAGAGGAUGUCACAGCGGUGUGUAUUCUUGAGGCCUUCCAGAACCAGCAGAGCAUGCUGCUAGCGGACAAGGUGCUGAAACAGCUGGGGAAGGAGAAGGCCAAAGAGAAGUACAAGAACCGUGAGCCAAUGAUGCCUUCGCCUCAGUUCAUAAAGUCAUACUUCAGCUCAUUCACAGACGACAUCAUCUCCCAGCCGCUGCAGAAGGGCGAGAAGAAAGAUGAAGACAAGGACAAAGAGGGCGAGGCAGCCGAGGUUACUGAGAGCUCUGGCUACUUGAAGGCAAAGCAGUACAUGGAGGAGGAAAACUAUGAUAAAAUCAUCAGUGAAUGCACCAAGGAGAUCGAGUCUGGAGGCCGAUACACUGCCGAGGCACUGCUGCUGCGAGCCACAUUCUAUCUGCUGAUUGGUAACGCUACUGCUGCUCAGCCUGACCUGGACCGAGUCAUUAACAUGCAGGACGCCAAUGUGAAGCUCCGAGCCAAUGCUUUGAUCAAGCGUGGCAGCAUGUACAUGCAGCAGCAGCAGCCUGUGCUCUCCACACAAGACUUCAACAUGGCGGCCGAGAUUGACACACGCAACCCAGACGUGUAUCACCACAGGGGGCAGCUGAAGAUCCUGCUGGACCAGGUGGAUGAAGCAGUGGGAGACUUUGAUGAGUGCAUCCUGCUCAGGCCUGACUCUGCUCUGGCUCAAGCACAGAAAUGCUUUGCCCUUUACAGACAGGCAUAUACUGGAAACAACCCAGCACAAGUACAGACAGCCAUGGAUGGUUUUGAGGAUGUUAUCCGAAGGUUUCCAAAAUGUGCUGAGGGCUACGCUCUUUAUGCUCAGGCUUUGACCGAUCAGCAGCAAUUUGGAAAAGCUGAUGAGAUGUAUGACAAGUGUAUUGAACUGGAACCAGACAAUGCUACCACAUAUGUCCACAAAGGUUUGUUGCAGCUUCAGUGGAAACAAGACCUUGACCUAGGUCUCGAGCUCAUCAGUAAGGCGAUCGAGAUCGACAACAAAUGUGACUUUGCAUAUGAAACUAUGGGAACCAUUGAAGUUCAAAGGGGCAAUCUGGACAAGGCGAUAGAUAUGUUCAACAAAGCAAUUAACCUUGCCAAGUCAGAGAUGGAGAUGGCCCAUUUGUACUCGUUAUGUGAUGCAGCGUACGCCCAGACAGAAGUGGCCAGGAAAUACGGGCUGAAACCUCCCACACUGUAACUUCUCUGCCAAUUGUUCGCCAAUCUCAGUCUUCAUUGCUGAAUCUGUGUUAAAAAUGCAACUGUCUGACUUAACUUUGAUUUGUUGUUUGAAAAAAAAAAAAGAUUACUGGAUUAUGAGGAAAAAAGGAAGAACCCUGAAUAUAUAUCGUGUCUACAUCACAUUAAAGGGGUCACGGAAAAGAAUGAUUUCUUUUCACAAUCAAGCUGAGGCCUCAGGUAGACUCAGUGGUUUGUCAGGAUGUGAGUUGUUUAACCAACACAGCCCUCUGCUGACACUUAAUUUAACCAGGAAAUCAUUGACAAACCUUUAUAUUGCUCACAUUGCAGAGAAAAGUUGUCAUCUACAGAGAAGAACGUACAUGAAUGUCCAUGUAUACUUGUCGAAAUUGACAAUGUGAAAGAAUUGAAAUGUGCGCAGUCUGUUCAACCAAUGACUGACUUCAAGGUUUUUGUGACACUUUUAAAUCUACAGAAAAUACUGUGAGAGCUUUAUAUAAAUCUAAUGUUCACUCGUUAACUUAUGCUGAUCUACAGUGUUUUUGUCUGGCUACUUCCACAUAACAUACAUUAUCAGUUCUGAAUGCAAGAUUAAAAUUAUAGUCAAAUGGUGUAAUGUCUGUAUUUGUAAUGCUGGAAUUGAUCCCAUGGAUACGGGCCUGCACAGGUUAGUUUAGAUGCUUUUUUUUUUUAAUGGUUGGAUUGCCUGUUUUUUUUUUUUUUUACAUUCUUUGUGCAGCAUGUUCACUUUAUAAAUAAAUGUAAAUGCAAUGCUUGUGCUGUCUUGGACACUAGGAAACCCUAACUAUAUGGAAUUUUGUUCAAACACUUUUGAUUAGACAAGCUUAGCAGAUUUUGUGUUCUCAGUUUUUUUUUUUGGAAGAUGUUAUUUUUUUGAAAUGCCUCUAGCGUCGGAACAUGUCGCGCAGGAUUGGAUGUUGAGUGGUUUUUCCUAGGUCACGUUCAUUGAGAAACAUGAUUUAUUUUCUAUUUUAUUGUGAAUAUUUUUUCAUUCUACAUUUGGUUCCAAGUACUGAGGACAGGGGUUUCGUUUUAAUUUUUUUUCCCUCUCCUUUUCAAAGUAUACUGUCACAACCCGAGCCUUAUUGUUUCCAGCCGACAUACAGCCCUGAGAAUCUCUUGGUACGAUGUAUGAUUUGGUUCUCAAGUAGCAUCCGUUCACUGUAGAUAAACAAAACAAAAAAUACUGAAAUUAGACAUCACUGCUGGGUGUUUGUUUGUUUGCAGUACUUUAACUUUUUAGAAAUGUUUCUCUGUGACGUUCAUUCAUCUCACAGCAGUGAUGACAAAUUUUCACUGAAUGUGGUAGUAACAAAGAACCAAGUCAUGCAUUUGAACUGCAGCUGCUGAGGACUUUUUCUCAACUACAAUCAUCUUCCUCAAACUUACCGUAAAAACAGGAGUUAACCUUUGAAAAAUGGAUGUAAACCUAAAUCUUUGGCUGUUAGAAGUUAAACUGACAUUCUUCAUCAACGAUGUGUAUGGUGACCAAAAUGAAAGAGAAUAUGAAUCCUAAUAAAGUUAUAAUUCUUGGAAUGAA